AUGAAGAGCGCGAUUGCCACCCUAUUGACUGUUACCGCCGUUGUCGUUGGCGUCCUCGCCGAGUCGCACACCGUGCACUUCACUAACCUUUGCGGCUAUGGCACUCCCACCUUGAUCCAGGGCGGCAACGUCCUCUCUACCGGCGGUGAUUACACCUCGAAUGGACCUCUUGGUGCUGCCAUUGCCUACCUCCAAACCGGCGGGUGCGGUUUCAAUGGCGAGGGAUGCACUAUGGUCGAGCUCAGCCUGUACAACCCCGACACCAACGGCGGCAUGAUCUCCUCCGCGGACGUCACCCUCAUCCCACCCCAUGCGUUCUCGGUGACCUCCGGCUUCGGUUUCUACAACGGCUGCGAUGGCGUUGGCAACGACUGCACGUGGUCUGGCUGCUGCCCUGACGGCGCGUUCUGCACGCCUACCGACUAUCAAGCGCAGAGGCAAUGCACUGUGGACAACGUCAACCUUGCGGUCACCUUCUGUGAUUAA